UGUUUUGAGGAUAACUUCGACGGGCAUAACUUCAACAAAAAUGACUACUUUCGUUUUCAAUGGAACAAACUUAAUCGCAAGCUUCCUUUUUCUAAAACUGGCUAUGCAGUGGCCUUGUUUAAUGGUAACUUGGGAAAAACUUGAAAAAGAACUGUCAACUAGACACAGAAAACUUUCUAAAACAACUUUGUCUACGAAGUUCAAAAUCGUAACUAUAGUGGUGAUGAUAUUUGCCUUAGUGGAACAUACUUUUUCAAUACUACAUGGGUACAUCAGGGCUAAAGAUUGUGCUCAGUUCCGCGGAGAUCCAGAUAUUACAGGUGUUUAUUUCCAGUCGCAAUUCCCGCAAAUAUUUUCUAGGAUUUCAUACAGCUUAUGGAAAGGAAUACUGAUUGAUAUAAUCAAUAUUUUAAGUACAUUCUCAUGGAACUUCGUCGAUUUGUUCCUCAUUCUCAUCAGUAUAGCUUUAGCAGACCAAUUUCGUCAAGUAAAUAGUCGCUUAUACUCUAUAAGGGGCAAGCCCUAUGCGAGGUAUUAUUGAGAAAAUUUACUUCGGCUUCUCCUUCGGAUUUCUACUGGCAAGAACAAUGGUAGUUUCAUUGUGCGCUGCAUCGAUUCACGACGAAUCCUU